AUGGCUAGUCAAUGGCAUGGUCACGGUAAAAAGCGUAGUAAGAAUUUGUGUCACAUGCAAGAAAAAUCAGGCAGCACCAAUGACACAGAAAAUGUCGGACCUACCAGAAGAUCGAAUAAAACCGACAGAACCACCAUUCACGUAUGUAGGAGUGGACUGCUUUGGGCCAUUCGAAGUAAAACGUGGAAGAUCACUUACCAAACGAUAUGGGGUAAUAUUCACUUGUUUAUCGGUGAGGGCUAUCAUUUCGAGGUAGCGAACACACUCGAUACAAGCUCCUUCAUCAACGCUAUGAGGCGGUUCGUGGCAAGACGAGGAAUGCCUAAGCAAAUGCGCUCUGACGACAGUGGCAAUUUUGUAAGAGAAGAACGGGAAUUACGUGAAGCAAUAGGAAAAUGGAAUCAGCAGCAGAUUCAUAAUUAUUUGUUACAGAGACAAAUAGUCUGGAAAUUCAACCCUCCAACUGUAUCUCAUCAUGGAGGUGUUUGGGAGAGAAAUAUAAGGACCGUCAGGAAGGUGCUAAAGUCUCUGAUAAAAGAACAGCCUUUGGACGAUGAAGGGCUAAUAACGCUUUUGUGCGAAGUUGAGUCCAUAGUGAAUGGUCGUUCCAUCACCAAGGUAUCUGAUGACCCAAAGGAUGCUGAACCAUUGACACCGAAUCACCUUCUGUUGCUACGAGCAGGUUCAAAGGUUCCCCCAGUCCACUUUGUCCGAGAGGACAUGUACAGCAAUAAACGUUGGAGACAAAUCCAGUAUUUAUCAAAUGUUUUCUGGCGGCGUUCGCUCAAAGAAUAUUUGCUAUCCCUUCAACACCGAACCAAGUGGCACAGCAUUAAACCGAACUUGAAGGUUGACGACAUUGUUUUAAUCUUGGACGAAAAUGUUCCUCGUAGUAGUUGGCCAUUAGGUCGUAUCGUGGAAGUGUUCACCAACAGCCGAGAUGGACUACUUAGAUCUGCGAAGGUCAAGACCCAGUCAUCCACAUUUGUGAAACCUAUCACAAAAAUUGUGUCACUGGAAACUUCUGACGACAAUUAA